AUUCUUCCAAAAACCUGUCCGUGUCUUCGACAGAUUGAUACAGCCGUUGACAAAGCAAUACCAUAUUUUACAGUUUUGUACUCACCCCAGUCCAGUUUGUGUGAAAGUUGUGAUGUUUUCGGUACAGCGGCCACCUCUUACGCGUACCGUCGUCCGAAUGGGUUUAGCGACUCUUCUCCCGAAGACAGCCUGUCUUGCGGUGUUAAAUGUAGCGCUUGUCUUCCUGCUCUUCCAAGUCCAGGAUGGGACCGGAAUCACACUUGAUCCUUCAAAACUCGACUCCAAACCGACAAGUUUGGAUUCGCAACAGCACGUUGCUGACAAGCGGUGGCCUGCUACAGUUGGCCACUACAAAUAUUUAGCAGGAGCGACAGAAAGCACUCGAGACGUUUCAUUGCUGGAGGAAAGGGCUCAACACCGGGUAAAUGCGCAAGAAACAAACCAACGGCGCACGAUUUUUCAGAGGCUUCUGAAUCUCUUGAGACGGAGAGAAAGAGAUGGUGAAGUCUCGGGUUCCGCAGCUGAUAGCUCCUCGAGACCCCGUCUGUCCGUACGACAGAGGCUUGCUCAACUUUGGCGUAAAGCGAAAUCGUUCUUCACACGCGGAAUCCCGAGGUACUUUUCUCAAGGGCGUAACCGACUGCGAAGUUUGCGGGCACAAAGACGGCGAUCUGAAUUGUUUUUUGAGAAGGCGGAUUCUGGAUGCGUCAUCGGCAAACGCAUCCUGGCGCACAUGCAAGAACAAAUCGGGCAGCCUCAAGCGCUAGGAAAUAGUGAACGACUGGAUAGAAUUCUGACUGUCGCUGCCUGGCCUCCGGACGUUCCAGAAAGAUUUGUUUCUGUGACUACCGGUGAAACCCGGACGCUGGUGAGAGGUGCACCCCUUGGCUCUGGUGGAUUCGCCACUGUAUAUGAGGCUACAGACGUGGAGACGAAUGAAGAGUUGGCUGUUAAGGUUUUCAUGUCAGAAAAGGAGCCCACCGAUGAGACUAUGCGUGACUUGCAGAGGGAGUCGUUCUGCUACAGGAACUUUAGUCUAGCCAAGACGGCGAAGGAUGCCCAGGAACGCUGUAGAUUCAUGGUUCCUAGUGAUGUUGUGAUGUUAGAGGGACAGCCAGCAUCCACAGAGGUCGUGAUUGGUUUGACGACUCGGUGGGUACCAAACUAUUUUCUUCUCAUGAUGCGGGCAGAAACGGACAUGAGCAAAGUCAUUUCAUGGGUAUUUGGAGAUGCGUCUGUCAAUAACAGUGAAUUAGGCCUGGUCGUUCGAAUGUACCUAUCCAGUCAGGCAAUCAGACUAGUGGCCAAUGUUCAAGCUCAGGGAAUUGUGCAUACGGAUAUCAAACCGGCGAAUUUCCUCCUCUUGAAAGACGGUCGCCUGUUUCUCGGCGACUUCGGAACGUAUAGAAUCAAUAAUUCGGUUGGACCCGCGAUAGGUACUCCCGGUUACGAGCCUCCGGAGCGACCGUUUCAGACUACAGACAUCACCUAUACAUUCACCACUGACGCGUGGCAACUCGGUAUAACUUUGUACUGCAUCUGGUGCAAGGAACGUCCAACUCCGGCCGACGGCAUCUGGGACUACUUACACUUCGCAGAUUGUCCUUCCACGCCUGAGCUGGUUCAAGACCUCAUCCGAAACCUCUUGAAUCGAGAGCCUCAGAAACGGAUGCUCCCGCUACAAGCCUUGGAGACCGCAGCGUUUAACGAGAUGGAUUCAGUAGUAAAACGCGCCGCGCAAAACUUCGAACAGCAGGAACAUCUCCACACAGAAUAAAAGACUCAAAAUGAAGAGGGGAACGUGGCGGUGCCGCCCUACCGCCGACCGAACGCCUCUCGACGGAUGGCAUUAUUGCCACAUUGGCGAAGCAGGCGUCAUAAGCGAAUUAAAACAGACAGAUUCUCUACAUGGAUUACUUGCAUAUCUGUGUUGCUGCUUCUCGCUUGUUCACUGGGCAAAGGUGUACGCCGGUAGUUCCGGGAAAGCAGGGAGACGGGUAAUUUUGCAUCAAAUUGUUGUUGAUGUUGGCUUCACAGUGAAAUACGGUGUACGAAGUGUGUUGGUUGAACGCUUCCAGGAUCAUCCUCAUGAGCACGGCGCAUGUAUAAGUCUUGAUAGAACGUGGCAGAUUGCUACACAGUGGGGAUAUUCCUUCGUCUCCGACGCGGCGACGAUCCCACCCUAUCAUGAAACAGUCUUGAAUACAGGACUGAAAUCAGGCGGUUCUCUCAGAGCAUUAAUGCGCCUUAUACGCCUUUAGUCUGUUAGCCUAUUCCGUUGUGCUGGGAUAAGAUAUCUACAGGAAGAGAACGAGGUCUCAAAAUGUCAAUCGGGAAACGCGCAGUUAGUCCCGAAUAGAAAUAGCAUUCGUCCAGAAAUGGGGCACAAGUGUUGCGCAAAUUGAUAUGCCAUUAUUCCUGUAGGAAGAUGUUUUUGCCGAUCAAUUGAGAGAGGGGCAGGGCAAACGUGUUCGCUAUCCAUCUGGCGUUGCCUAGAUUAAAUAGAUGACAACAUUAUCUGUCUCGAUGUAAGAGUUGUACCGGGGCAACAAGAUAUUUGUGUUUGUUCGUUCGAUUCGGCUGAUCCGAUUCUGGAGAGCUGGUUGUGUUACAGAGACGGUUUCUACUUAAUGCAUAUUAUAAUAAAAGGUCCAGCUGUGCCUCCCAUGUUGUUCGUAUCGACUCUGCACAGGAAAUGGAUAACACCCUUGUUAACCAGGUAUUAGUAC